AUGGCCGAGAAGCGGAGGGGCUCGCCGUGCAGCAUGCUAAGCCUUAAGGCGCACGCCUUCUCCGUGGAGGCGCUGAUAGGCGCCGAGAAGCAGCAACAGCUUCAGAAGAAGCGACGAAAGCUGGGCGCGGAAGAGGCAGCGGGGGCCGUAGAUGACGGAGGCUGCAGCCGCGGCGGUGGCGCCGGUGAAAAGGGUUCCUCCGAGGGAGACGAAGGCCCUGCGCUCCCGCCAUCGGCUGGGGCGGCAUCUGGACCCGGCCGGAGCUGCGCAGACCUGGAACGGAGCUGCGGCUCCCGUGGAGCCGCGGGCGGCUGUGAGGACGGCUUCCUGCAGGGCGCUUCCCCGCUGGCGUCCCCGGGAGGAUCCCCGAAGGGGUCCCCGGCGCCCUCCCUGGCACGGCCGGGAACCCCGCUGCCCUCGCCGCAGGCCCCGAGGGUGGAUCUGCAGGGAGCAGAGCUCUGGAAGCGCUUUCACGAGAUCGGCACGGAGAUGAUCAUCACCAAGGCGGGCAGGCGCAUGUUUCCAGCAAUGAGAGUGAAGAUCUCAGGACUAGAUCCUCACCAGCAGUAUUACAUUGCCAUGGAUAUUGUGCCAGUGGACAACAAAAGAUACAGGUAUGUUUACCACAGCUCUAAAUGGAUGGUGGCGGGUAAUGCUGACUCCCCUGUGCCCCCACGGGUGUACAUCCAUCCAGACUCGCCUGCCUCAGGAGAGACUUGGAUGAGACAAGUGAUCAGCUUUGACAAGCUGAAGCUCACCAACAAUGAACUGGAUGACCAAGGCCAUAUUAUUCUUCAUUCUAUGCACAAAUACCAACCACGGGUCCAUGUCAUCCGUAAAGACUGUGGGGAUGAUCUUUCUCCCAUCAAGCCUGUUCCAUCUGGGGAGGGAGUAAAGGCAUUCUCCUUUCCAGAAACUGUCUUCACAACUGUCACUGCCUAUCAGAACCAACAGAUUACUCGCCUGAAGAUAGAUAGGAAUCCAUUUGCCAAAGGCUUCCGAGACUCUGGGCGUAACAGAAUGGGUUUGGAAGCCCUUGUGGAGUCAUAUGCAUUCUGGAGACCUUCACUACGGACUCUCACCUUUGAAGAUAUCCCUGGAAUUCCCAAGCAAGGAAAUACAAGUUCUUCCACAUUGCUCCAAGGCUCUGGGAAUGGCGUUCCUGCCACCCACCCUCAUCUUUUGUCUGGAUCCCCUUGCUCCUCUCCUGCCUUCCACCUGGGGCCCAACACCAGCCAGCUGUGUAGCCUGGCCCCGGCUGACUACUCCGCCUGUGCCCGCUCUGGCCUCACCCUCAACCGCUACAGCACAUCCUUGGCCGAGACCUACAACAGGCUCACCAACCAGCCUGGCGAGACCUUCGCCGCGCCCAGGACUCCUUCCUAUGUGGGCGUGAGCAGCAGUACCUCGGUGAACAUGUCCCUGGGCGGCACGGAUGGGGACACUUUCAGCUGCCCACAGACCAGCCUGUCCAUGCAGAUUUCGGGGAUGUCCCCCCAGCUUCAGUACAUCAUGCCUUCACCCUCCAGCAACGCCUUUGCUGCUAACCAGACCCAUCAGGGUUCCUAUAACACGUUCAGGUUACACAGCCCCUGUGCCUUGUAUGGAUAUAAUUUCUCCACAUCCCCCAAACUGGCUGCCAGUCCUGAGAAAAUUGUUUCUUCCCAAGGAAGUUUCUUGGGGUCCUCACCGAGUGGGACCAUGACCGAUCGGCAGAUGUUGCCCCCUGUGGAAGGAGUGCACCUGCUUAGCAGUGGGGGUCAGCAGAGUUUCUUUGACUCUAGGACCCUAGGAAGCUUACCUCUGUCAUCAUCUCAAGUGUCUGCACAUAUGGUCUGAUGAAUCCUUGAAGUGAAACCAUACUCAGAUUGGUCUAAUGUAUUUUCUUUCUUCAUUUUUU